GAAGAAGAAGAAGAAAGAGGAAAAAGAAGGAAAUGAUCUAACUGGCAAUUUCAAGGCUAUACUUGCGCCAACUUGUGAAAUCAUGUGAUUUCCAGAAAGUCAGAAGACCCGCAUAGUGCAAACAAACAUCUCUAAACCAACAAUUACAGAUUAGACAUUGUUCGUGGCAGUUUGGUUAAGCGGACAUUCAGAGGUGGACCAAUGAAGUGAGCAGCGCAGAGACGCGGAGGAAACAUUAUUGGACUUGAACUGAAUUUGGAUGUUGUUUGAAAUUCAAGCAAUAUGAGACGUCUCGCCUUAUUUUGCCUCUCGCUGCAGCUCAUGUUUGAGUUUGUUCAGCUUUCCUCACCCUAUGAACUCCGUGUUGUGCCUGAUUCCUCGCUGAUCCUCCCAUGCCGUCACGGCCAAAGCGACUUAAAUGGAGUGCUCGUCACCUGGACUUACAAUGGUGGAAACAUAAGUGCCAAGACUCCUGUUAAUCCCUCUGAUGGGGCGCUCUCCAUACCUUUUGUAACCGUGGACAGCGAGGGAGAGUAUUUGUGUGUGGUACAGGAGGACAAAAUUAUGUGGCGCACAGUGUACAACAUCAAAGUUGAUGCAUCAAGUGUUUAUAUGAUUGAGCUGGUGGAGGGUUCUUCUGUCUACCUACCCUGCCGUCGCCCACUUUCCAGCCAAGACAAGGUCUAUCCGAAUUGGUUCAAAGUAGCAGAAAACGACAAGAGGACCCAACUGUAUCCUGUUGAGUAUUCAAAUAGAGAGGAAAGGCUAGAAUGGGGCUCUCCAGAUGAAUCUCACAGUGAUCAGCCCAUCAACCUCAUACGCGCUGUUGUGAAGGAUACUGGAACUUAUCACUGCGAAUCUGCCAAGGGGGAGAGGUUCAGCACUAUCCAUCUUGUUGUCAAAGCCUCUCCCCAACGCCCUCCUUUCUCAUGCGAUAACUUCACCACAGCGUGGGAGCCAUGCCUGGACAAGACCAGCCGCUCAUGGGCGCCCAUCUUGGAAGAAUCUCAAGCAGAGUUUUCUAUGAAACUGUAUUCCCACCUCAGUCGAUCAAAGACUUCUGAGAACUUACUCUUCUCUCCUAUUAGCAUCAGUGGCGUGCUCUCCCAUCUGCUGCUAGGCGCACGAGGUGACACCCGUCGACACAUUGAGACGGCUGUCUGUUUGCCUCAUGACUUCCACUGUGUUCACUUCCAGAUGAAGAGGUUGAAAGAGAAGUUGGCCGGCUCCAUGCAGAUCGCAUCUCAGAUCUACUAUAACCCACACAUGAAUCUGAGUGAGACCUUCACCAACGAUUCAGUGGAAUUCUAUGAAGCUGAGCCUGUCGGGCUGCUGCCUACCAAUGCAGAAAAUAUUGAGAUGAUCAACAGCUGGGUGGCAAAUAAGACCAACAAUAAAAUCACACAUCUGGUUGACGAUGUACCACCAGAUACUCGGCUGAUCCUCCUCAACGCUGUCUCCUUCAGUGGUCAGUGGAAGCUCAAGUUUGACAACAAAGCCGAGAAACAACUUUUCACAAAACUGAAUGGUGAGCUAGUAAAGGUGCCUAUCCUCAAAAGCAGUAAAUACUCUUUAGCUGUGGAUUAUGUCGCUGCAGUGAAGGCACAAGUGGGGAGGUUCCCCCUCACAGAUGAAAACAGUCUUUACAUUCUGCUGCCUCGCUCCCACCAACAAUCUGACAUGCAAACGAUGGAGGAGAAGAUGACAGACAGUGCAGUGCGUCAGAUGAUUGAACACAUGAAGGUGGUAUCUCCUGAAGUUAUGGAGGUCAUCUUACCCAAAAUCAAACUGGAUAUCAAGACAGAUAUGAAGGGACUUCUGAGGAAAUUAGGGUUGUCAUCGCUCUUUGAGGAGCCCAACCUGUGCGGCAUCUACUCUGAAGACAGGUUGGCUCUGAAUGACGCCCAGCACAAAGCUUUCCUUACACUGACCGAAGAAGGGGUUGAGGGUGGCGCUGUGACAUCCCUCUCCUAUUCGCGCUCCUUCCCUACCUUCUCUGCCCUGCGGCCUUUCAUGCUGUUACUGUGGAAUGACCGGGCCAACGUGCCUCUGUUCAUCGGCAGAGUGACUGACCCAUGAGAGAAAGAAUGGAAAAGGACCAGAAGCGAAUGCACAGGAAGCAAACCAAAAUAUGGUGAAUGAAGACAAAGUUAAUACUGAUUAUUCUUGCUGAUUACACAUAUUCUGAAAUAUUAUAUUGUGCUUUUUCAAGAGCUGACAUAGGUACUCAACAUCAAUAUACACCAGCUUUAAGUAGAUGUGCAAUAAGCCUUACCCGUCUCCAUGUGGUGGGACACAUAUUAGAUGCAGACAAUCAUGCAUAUAUGAAUGCAUAUGGCUUGUUUUCAAAGAUGAAAAUGAAUACAUGAGUAU